AUGGCACGACCCCAAAACUGCACCCACCACAGCGGCCAGUUCCCCCUGUCCUCAGAGAUCUUCCAAGUGUUCCAAGCCCAGCUAUGGAUCUUCCUCAUUCCCACGGCCCUGGGCCUGGUGCAGCUGGGCCUGUUCCUGGAGCAGACGGGCUUCUUUCUACGCCGCCUGGGCACCUCCCGCAGAACCACCCUCUCCCUCUGGAUCCUGGGGGUCUACCCGGUGUUCAGCAUCAUGUCCCUCAUUGGCAUGUACAUCCCCCGAUCCUCCUUCGUCUGCAACUUUGUUGUGAACAUCUACCACUCCAUCACCCUGUGGAAAUUCCUGGACUUGGUGACCGAUUUCUUCGGGGAUUCGGCCCGCAUGGUCCAGCGCCUGCAGGGUCAGCACGUGGCCCCAAACCCCUUCCCCUGCUGCUGCUGCUGCUGUCUCCCCAACAUUUCCACCAGCUGGUCCAACCUACGCUGGAUGACCCUGGCCGUGUACCAGCUGUCCCUCAUCAGGACCAUCCUCUUCUUCGUCACACUCAUCCUCUGGACCGACAGGAAGUACGACUACGGUGAUGUGAGCUACACCAACCCCAACUCUUACAUCAACGCCAUCAUCGGGAUCUCUACCCUGCUGUCCUUCUACGGCUACCUGCUCUUCUACAAGGCCACCAAGCCGGCCCUGGCCGGCUACAACCUGCGUUCCAAGUUCGUCUGCAUCAUCCUGGUCCUUGUGGUGUGCGGCCUGCAAAGCGGCAUCCUGGAGACCAUGGGGGCUCUGGGGGCCAUUCCCUGCCAGCCUCCGCUCUCGGCCCAUACCCGCUCCCAGAGUGAGUCCACCCGCAGCAAUCCCAGGGGCGGCGCUAGGGGGCGCCGUGCUGGGGGGCAUGGUGGGGGCAAAGGGUGCUCUCCCCUGGCAGCCAGUGCCAGGCACUAGGAGGCGCCGUUCUAACCUCAC